CCAUCUAGUCGAUAGAGGGACCAACAAAGCUUUCUUGAGACUUGAGAGAGCGCAUCCGUUUUUCUGCCUCAAAAAUCAAAACACAAAUCAACACAUACCGAUCGCACAAUGUCGUUGAUCCGCCGCAGCAACGUGUUCGACCCCUUCUCCCUCGACCUCUGGGACCCCUUCCAUGGCUUCCCCUUCGGCUCCAGCGGCAGCGGCAGCGGCCUCCUCCCUCGCCCCAACUCCGACACGGCGGCCUUCGCUGGAGCCCGGAUCGACUGGAAGGAGACGCCCGAGGCGCACGUGUUCAAGGCGGACGUGCCGGGGCUGAAGGAGGAGGAGGUCAAGGUGGAGGUCGAGGACGGGAACGUCCUCCAGAUCAGCGGCGAGCGCAGCAAGGAGCAUGAGGAGAAGACGGACAAGUGGCACCGCGUGGAGCGCAGCAGCGGCAAGUUCCUGCGCAGGUUCCGCCUUCCCGACAACACCAAGCCGGAGCAGAUCAAGGCGUCCAUGGAGAACGGCGUGCUCACGGUCACCGUGCCCAAAGAGGAGCCCAAGAAGCCCGAUGUCAAGUCCAUCCAGGUCACCGGCUAGAGCAUUUUGCCGCAUUAUGCUUAUCUAAAACUAAAACAAAUCUGAAUCUGAGGCUUCUAAGCGUCCUUACAUGUAGUAUUCAUCGUCUCAUCCUUACAGUGUGUUGUUGCAGUUCGAAUUAUUACUCCACUCUGUAAAACCUGUGUAUUGCUAUAUUGUAUCAUAAUAAAGUGAACUUGUCGAUUUACUAGUACAUAAAUUCGUUUUUCUUCCACA